AUGGCCGCCGACGCCAGGUCGUUACUCCGCUCCUCUUCCUCCGUUCUCCGCGCUGCUCCGGCGGGACCGUCUUCCAUCGGCCUAGGUGGGCGUCGUUCCGCCCACUGCCUGUUGUCUGCGCCCUCGCAUUCUCAGUUGUUAUUAUAUGUGCUUGCAAGGUUGCCCGUGGAGGCGUGCUUCUGCCUGGAGUCGCUGCUGCCGCUGCACAGCGCCACCGCCGCCGCACUGCUCAAGUCAAUGCUCGCCGUUGUGCCCGGCCAAGGCAUCGGCUGGAUCGUUGAAGAUAAUUGA